AUGCAUCGACUCAACGAAGCAAGAUGUGAACUCAUGGUCAACCAUUUGUGGUCUCAACAGGCCAAGAUGCUCUGGUACGCUGGAGGCGAAGACGAGGGUGUGGUGAUCAAGCAAGGCCGCGACAAAUACGUCUGCUGCCCUCCUGAUUUAAGCAGGGCUGACGGCUUCUUUGAGGCUAUCAAAUCUCUGAACGUAAAGAGCGCCAUGACACUCAACACACGCAUGAUCAGGCUCCUCGUUCAGAGCAGCGAUCAAAGUUCCAUCCCAAUAGGUCGGAACCUGAACCUCCAGGUCCUUCCUGACAUUUCGUAUCUGAGCCGCUGCGCAAAGCAUCAAUUUGCGGCAUUCAUCGCCGACAGAGGCAUAUUGGUAGUCUGGGAUGACCAACCGGAACAUCUUAUCGACCGUGCCAAAGUCCUGGAGAAAAGUAUCAUGGACUUGAUUUGGUCCAGCCAGGCCGACCAGGAAUCCUCGGAGAAGGACACCAACGUAUCGGUCAACGAACUGGACAUCACUGAAAGUCAAGAGGACUUGGCAGAGAAACCCCGUCGCAUAGUGCUACUUCACUCGAUCACGACUGCACUGACGCUCUGUCUUAUCAUCGUUACUCUCGGCGCUGGAUAUCGAAAGAUCGUGCAAGAGAUUGCACUUGACAAUAGUUACACCCGCUUGGCUUUGAUAGCGACGGCCCCGGUCACCAUAUGGGUAUCAUUUUUCUUCUUCCAAGCUCUCAUUGGCAACAUCUUUCAGAUAUUCGGCCCGAUCAGCCAGGUACAGAGCAACACCAAAUACUACUCUGGCCUUCCUCCAAAGCGACUUCCCGGUGGUUCACCCUUGCCUCACGUCACGAUUCAAUGCCCCGUCUAUAAAGAGGGUUUGCAGACCGUCAUCGCUCCAACGGUGUUCUCUAUCAAAGCUGCCAUUUCGACCUACGAGAUGCAAGGCGGAACAGCAAAUAUCUUCAUCAACGAUGAUGGUAUGCAGCUAUUGUCUCGUGAAGAAGCUCAAGCUCGUCAAGACUUCUAUGAAGAACACAGCAUUGGAUGGGUAGCUCGCCCCCGUCAUGAUCCGAAAGGAGAGCACAAUCCUGUUCCAUUCGUCAGAAGAGGCAAAUUCAAGAAAGCCUCAAACAUGAACUAUGCUCUUUGGGUCAGCAACCGUGUCGAAGACAAGAUGGCAGAACCAAGUCCAAGGCCACCACACUGGACUCAAGUGGAUGAGGCUGCUUUGUACGUCAGAGCGCUUGCGGAAGUCAUCGAAGAGGACGAGAAUCGAACCUGGGCUGACGGCAACGUCCGUAUGGGCGAUUUCAUACUCCUCAUCGACUCCGACACGCGAGUGCCAACUGAUUGCCUACUUGAUGCGGUCAGCGAGAUGACGAAUUCACCACAAGUCGCCAUCAUUCAGUAUUCAUCUGGAGUAAUGAAUGUGACACAAAACUUCUUUGAGAAUGGCAUUACCUUCUUCACAAAUAUGGUUUAUACGCAGAUCAAGUACGCCAUCGCAAACGGUGACGUUGCGCCGUUUGUUGGACAUAACGCAAUCCUCCGGUGGUCCGCCGUACAGGACAUCGCGUACGAUUGUGCGGACGAUCUACGUGAGAAGUACUGGUCAGAAGCCACUGUAUCGGAAGACUUCGACAUGGCCCUCCGUUUGCAGUCCGAGGGUUAUCUCGUGCGAUUCGGCGCAUAUACUGGAGACGGCUUUAAAGAGGGAGUGUCGCUCACUGUGUACGAUGAGCUAGCCCGCUGGGAAAAGUAUGCAUAUGGCUGCAGUGAACUACUAUUCCAUCCGAUACGAUACUGGCCGACCCGAGGACCUUUUACAAAGCUUUUCCGCUCAUUCAUCACCUCGGGAAUGCCACUGCCAUCAAAGCUUACUAUCAUGUCAUACAUCGGAACCUACUACGCUAUCGGGUGUGCAUGGUUACUCACUCUUCUCAACUACUUCAUCGUCGGUUGGUACAAUACCAUCCUCGAUAAGUACUACCUCAACUCAUUCCAGGUCUAUCUCUCUAUCAUUGUGGUGUUUACAGGCCUUGGAAACGUUGCUCUGGCUGUUCUUCGCUACCGCCUUGGAGAGAAAUCGCUUCUUGGUUCACUAGUCACCAACUUGAUGUGGAUCCCACUAAUGUCUAUCUUCCUCGGUGGCCUUUCGCUUCACGUAUCCCAGGCCCUUCUAUCCCACCUGGUCGGUAUCGACAUGAAUUGGGGCGCCACUUCCAAAGAAGCAGAGAACACCACCUUUUUCCAAGAGGUGCCCAAAGUGAUCAAGAAAUUUGGAUUCACAUUUUUGUUUUGUAUCACGGCUUCCAUCGGCAUGGUGGUGCUUGCAUGUGUGGUUCCUGAGUUCUGGAGGAUUGACCAGUUCUUUGCUAUCUAUCCGCUUGCGACUGUUGUUGUCAGUCAUUUUAUGUUGCCUAUUGUGCUUAAUCCUAGUCUUAUGUUGUUCACAUGGUAG